AUGACUUUAACGAAACAGGAUUUCAGUGCGGGACUUCCACCACCAUCCGAGCUGGGCAUUGCUGGCAUGGACAGCAGCAGAGGGAAGGAAAAGGCUGUGCUGGAAUCCUUGGCAGGGGGAGACCCCUUUGGAUCAGUGGAGCCUGUCAAAAAGCCCUCGGGAAGGCUGAUUAUGCACAGCAUGGCCAUGCUCGGCCGGGAGUUCUGCUAUGCAGUGGAGGCUGCCUUUGUCACACCGGUGCUGCUCAGUGUCGGGUUGCCCGAGAGCCUCUACAGCCUGGUCUGGCUCAUCAGCCCCAUCCUGGGCUUUGUGCUGCAGCCUGUGGUGGGAUCAGCCAGUGACCACUGCACCUCUGGCUGGGGCAAGCGGCGCCCUUACAUCCUGGCUCUGGGCAUUCUGAUGUUGCUGGGGAUGGCUUUGUACCUCAAUGGGGACAUGAUGGUCUCAGCUUUGAUCCCUGAGCGAGGCAAGCAGCGGACCUGGGCUAUAGUCAUAACCAUGCUGGGCGUCGUGCUCUUUGAUUUUGCCGCAGACUUUAUUGAUGGUCCCAUCAAAGCAUAUUUAUUUGAUGUUUGCUCUCAUCAGGAUAAAGAGAAGGGUCUUCAUUACCAUGCUCUCCUCACAGGUCUGGGUGGUGCCCUGGGUUACCUAACAGGUGCUAUGGAUUGGGGGAAUUCUGUACUAGGAAGAUUUUUGGGAUCGGAAUUCCAGGUGAUGUUCAUCAUUGCGGCUUUGGUUUUCCUAAUCUGUCUUACUGUACACUUGUGCAGCAUUCCCGAAGCCCCUCUCAGAGAUGACAAUACAGAAACUAAGCUCUUGCUGAAAGUGGAUGGAUCCUCCAAGUAUGGUUCCAUCGAGAGCGUCAACAAUGGUUAUUUAAAACCAGGAUAUGCUGAAAAAAAGACUUUAUCUGAGUUGGGGAAAUCCACCGAAACACCACAGACACAGGUUCAGACACGGAUGACACUUAAAUGCCUUCUGAAGGAACUUUUAAGUAUGCCUUCCCACUAUCGCUGUCUGUGCAUCAGCCACCUCAUCGGGUGGACAGCUUUCCUUUCCAACAUGCUCUUCUUCACUGACUUCAUGGGACAGAUAGUAUACCACGGAAAUCCUUACGCGCCACAUAACUCCACAGCUUACCUUACCUAUGAAAGAGGAGUCGAGAUUGGAUGUUGGGGCAUGUGCAUCAAUGCAAUUUCUUCAUCGCUCUAUUCCUACUUGCAGAAAGCUCUUCUGCCUUAUAUCGGAUUAAAGGGACUUUAUUUCAUUGGAUACCUGCUUUUUGGGAUAGGCACUGGGUUUAUUGGACUGUUUCCCAAGGUAUAUUCUACUCUGGCUCUGUGCUCGCUCUUUGGAGUCAUGUCCAGCACGCUGUACACUGUCCCGUUCAACCUCAUUGCAGAAUAUCACAGGGAGGAAGAGAGUCAAAAGGAGCAGAAUGGAAGAGAAGCUGAGGCCACUGGAAGAGGGAAGGGAAUUGACUGCGCGGCUCUCACUUGCAUGGUGCAGCUGGCACAGAUCAUUGUUGGAGUGGGCCUGGGGUUCUUGUAUUGCCAAAUGGGACAGGGGUUCCGGCUAGAUGAGGAGCAGGCGUAGUAUGGAAAAGUGGAUCCUGGUGUGGAAAAGGUUGAGAAGUCCUGCUUUAAGGUAUAUCCCACUACUGGACAGCUUUAUGUGGUAUGUUGUGCUUAUAUAAAUGUGAAAGAAAAACAUAGAACAAGAUUUUCAAACAUGGAUGCCUAGAGAUGAGCUCCUAAGUCCAUAUUGAGGCACCUAAAUAGGGAGUUGGUGGGAAGCUGUUGGGAGUUGAGCAUCUUUGAAAAUCUAGUCCCUUGUUUAAAUGUCUAAAAUUAGGCACCUAUUUUUAAAAAAUCUUGGCCAAAAAUUCUAAAAUUUGUGAGCCACCUAAAAUGUUCAAAUUGAGUUAUAUAGUACUUACCUUAACUGAAGGAAUUCAGACCUGUUUGCUCUCCUCUUUUGCACAGAAGAAUCUAACUUGAUCAAAUUCUUGUUUUGCUUCUUUCACAGCAUUCGACAGAAUAUUAUUGUAACUUAAUUCAGUUCCACAAAGUGUUACCAUGAAUUGUUCUAUAUCCACAUGUCAAACCAAUAUAUGAAAUCCUAUAGGCAAACCAGUCUACUUUUAUUUGAGUACAGAGCUUGCAUCUUUAUUUUCAUUAAAACACCAGAAUUUGUUACAGGGAGCUUCUGAAUCAUUCCAUCUAGAUUCAAGUCAGUUUCAAAUUGGACCAUAAAAGGUUAAGAUUAAAGAUAUCUGAAUGAGCUUUAGAGACCUGAUUCUGUAUUCCUGACUAACUGGAGUCAAGUUUGGGAUACUUAAGAAAUACUGGACCAGACCUGUUAUUAAGUUGUAUUCCUGGAUAAAAUGUAUCCAAAAGGAGCAUUGAGCUGCUUGCUUCCAAAGUGCAGCAUUUGUUUUUAAAGUGAAGUGUCUUUAUUUGUGGUGUGCAUCUCAGCCACUGAGAAAGUAGUGUAGGACCUGUCCUUGGAGCAGAAGACUGUCUAGAAUGGCAUGUGGGCAGUUGACUGAGUGGGACUUUGAUACCCCAGAAAGGGAAGACUAUACAGGGAGCUGGCCAGAGGGCUGAGACCUGAAGAGAGAGAGCUGCGAGUCCUGAAGAGCAAGGGGUAGGGGGGAGGUGGUGUGAACAAUGGUUGGAAGAGGGGCGUCGGACCUGAGUGGAGCUAAAUCCUGGAUCUAGCCACUAGGAGGCACCCAACAGUAAGCCCUUGGAGGUCAAUUAUCAAACAUGUUUCCUUGACGACAUUUGGGACUUCAGUGAAGACUCAUACUGGGGAAUUCCCGUCUCAGUCCUUGGGCAUCUGCAUAGUGUACCUUCCCCCCACCCCCAACAUUGUUCUUAUCCCUCCUGAAAGCACAGCUCAUGACAAACCCCCCACAUUGCAUUGCUGCCCGUUAACCUCUCUCCCUUUUUACCUCUGCUGUGUGACUAUGGAGAGAGAACACCAGUGAAAUCAGGCUGGGGGGCUCAAAGGGUGGCUUGUCAGCUCUGCAGCAUGUUCUCCCCUCCCACCAGAUCUUCCUGAAGUCCAUUUACCAAUGCUGUUUUGCAUUUGUGCUCCCAUAGCCAGGGAUGGGACAGAAAUUAAAACACAUCCUCUACUUCUUUAAGACUCCAGAAUAAUAUUUCUGCAGAAGUGUCUCCUACACAAAAAGGCGUCCACCCAAAAAUACAAAUAUCCUGAUUAGAAAAAUGGAAAAAUUCCAGGUGUGUGCAUCUUGUGGAAAAACACCUUUUAAA